UUAAAGGUUCACCAGAAUUUCAACUUCCUUUUAAUUAAAUUAACCAAUGAUAAAUUCGUAGUUUUGAAAUUGAAUUCUUAAAAUGAAGAAGAUUAUGAAAAAAUAUUUCUUCCCCGUUAAAUCAAAACUCGAUAAUAAGCAGUAUGUUUGUAUUAACUGUGGUCAGCCGGUUCCGGAAUUGUAUAGACGAAUCAGUUCCACGGUGCUCAAAAUAACUGAAUGUGAAAAUUGUAAUCAACCAGCAGAUAAAUACAUCGAGUUCGAAGUGAUCAUCAUAAUGAUUGAUCUGAUUCUACUGUCCAAGGCAGCCUACAGGCACAUCUUGUACAAUUCGGAUUGCAAAAACCUGUGGAAGAUAGGUGUUAUUUUGACCCUUCUCGAAGCGUACUGUUUGUGGACGGAAACCUUCGGCAAAUUCACAAACGUGCGUUAUCGCUCGGAUCAAGCUGAUCCAUUUUUAGCCGAAAAGGGCUUCUACGUAUCCACGUUGCACAUUGUGAUAGGUACUGUGUUACUAUACGCUUUCCUACAUCUUCUAACAAAAAUACUGCAUAAAAUUGAAACGAGACCGGAUGGCGAUAAGUCCUACCCACUAGCACUGUUACAAUGCGUUAUUCUGGCAAGCAUCGCUAAAUUUUUCCUGGUUCCUAUAAUCAUUUGGAAGCAGAAUUCUACAGAUUCUGGUAUGGCCAUCCACAUCACGCUUGUCGUGACGUACUUUGUUGUGUCGCUGAUUCAGAUACAUUCCGUUAUAAGCAACUGCUCCCGAACAAAGUCAACUGUCAUCGUCAUACUAGCUUUCUUGGCCAAAACUUAUUUUCUAACAGAGAUUAGUUUAUUUUUGAACACUUUAAUGUAAUCUAUUGAGCGAAAA